UUUACUGUUGUACUUGAUAUUUGGUUAACUACAACAUGAGUAUUUUUACUUCGCCUUUAUCUGAUCUGUCUAGGUUAAUUUUUGAUGAAAUUGAACUCAAAAACAAUGUUAACAAAUACAUCAACCGUAUGAAGAUACCUGAAUGGUCUUAUAAUUUUAAUCGUAUUUUUAUAAGUCCAGGGAACUCGUUUAAUAUAAAAUAUUUCAUAAAGUUUUUAUCGUCAAAAUUGGCUAAAAAUACUCGGAUACCUACAACACAUUUUCUUUUAUCCGGUUCGAAUGAUGAAAAUCAUUUAAUAUCUCAAGAAUUGGAAUCUGAUGUCAUAGGGUCACAACAGUCUACUAUUAUAAAUGAAUUACAAAUGGAAGAAAAUGAUAAAUUAGUUGUUGAUGAUAUCAUUGAUAGGUUAACAGGCAUAGAAUUUUUUAGAUUAUUAAAUAUAGAACCGAAAAAACGAUUAGAAAUGAUAAUGUAUAACUACCGUGUGUUUAAUAAAACUUUAGAAGAUGUAUCGUUUGAACAAUUAGAUAAAUUAAGCAAUGAUGAUAUAGUCACAGAAGUUCCAUAUGAAAUAUUCAUCGAAACAGUAGAUGAUGAAUCGCUAAACUUGAAAUUAAAAGAACAGUUAAAGACAAUAGUAAUUUGGGCUGGUCUUACGUAUGGAUUCGAACAAGACUUGUUACAAUUCGCGUUUGAUUCGGCUUGCAAAACUACCGAUUUAUUUCCAAUACCAAAUAGUCAAAACCACGUACCUGUAAUACACGUAGAAGACUUGGCUAGACUCGUACAUAAAAUAAUAUCCGAAGAUGAGAUGCUAGAGUAUAAUUAUAUUUUUGCUGUUGAAAGCCCAAUAAAUACAUUAAAACAAAUCAUCACUGCUCUUGCUAAGUCAUGCGACGUAGUUAUUCCGACAGUUGUGUCAUUAAGUACAUUCACGAAUAAAUAUGAACUCAAGAGUAUUAAGUUAAUUAUACUUGGUCCACCGGCUUCUGGUAAGACCAAACUUGCACUUCAACUUGCCCAGUUUUAUGAUUUAAUCUACCUGGAACCCAAAAAGAUAACUCAAGACUAUAUCAAUGGAAUCAGAGAAGAAAUAAGUUCACUGUACUACAAAAGUAAAAAAAUCGACGAUUCAGUAGAUGAAUUAGAUGAUGCUAAUGAAAAAACUGGAAUUAAUUCGAUUAUAACAGAUAAAAUAUUAGAAUUAAAUAAAAAGCUAUCAAUGUUAUAUUCAUCUAUGGAUGCCAAUAAUGAUAUAUUGGAAGAUAUUCAUUUAAUUCCAUUAUUGGUUGAAAAAAUAAUGUUUUUUAAACGUGGGUAUGUUCUGGAUGGAUAUCCUACGACAGUAGCUCAAGCCAAUAUGCUAUUCCGAUUUGAUAAUACGAGUUUACUUCAACAAGAUCUACAUUUAGAUGUUAAUAAAUUACCCGAUUUGACGGUUAAUUUAACACAAAACACACUAGGUAUUAAUUUAUUUGCUGAUCAAAACAGUGAUAUCGAUAUCAGUACAAAAACACUUCAAAAUACAAGUACAAAAAGACGACUCCUGUUUUCUAAAGUUGACAAAAUACACUCAUCAAGUUCUGAUAUUGCCCAAACAUUUAAUUUGGAAUCGAAAAAAUCAUAG